AUGCGCAUUCCGAGCGUGAACCUGGCGCGCCUGGGCGAGAAGAUCACCGGGCCGCCUGCCAUCCACCAGGCGGCGGCGGAGUGCGACCUUCCGAGGCUGCGAGUGCUGGCUCAAAAGCAGUACAACCUGGACGAGGUCGACCAGAAGUACGGCCGUACCGCCAUGCAUAUCGCGGCAGAGAAGUGCCACGCUCUGGUGGUGGGGGAACUGCUGGACCGGCGGGCCGCGAGCGGGCUGGUGGAUAAGGAGGGGCGCACCCCGCUGCUGAUCGCUGCGCAGCUGGGGCACCUGGAGGUCGUGCAACUGCUGCUGGGGGGACGCAACCGUGACCCCGACCGGGGGGCGGCGCUGGGCGCCCGGGACGCGCGGGGGUACACCCCCCUUCUCGCGGCGGCGGCUGGGGGGCACUCACAGGUGCUGCGGUUGCUGAUUGAGGCAGGCGCCUUCCUCGGAGACACGCUCGAGAACCGGGUAAGCGCGGGGCACCUGGCAUGCAAGGGUGGCCACCUGGCGGCCCUGGCAGUGCUGGUGGAGAGUGGGCUCAAUGUGAGGGCCGACACGCUAGACAGGGUGACGCUGCUCCACGAGGCGGCGCAUCACGGGCAUGUCAAGGUCGUUGAGUGGCUGCUGGCGGCGGGGGUGGACCCCAACAUCCGCACCCUCAGCAACAGAGCCACGGCCCUGGAACUGGCAAUCCUGGAGGGCUGCCACCAGGCGAUUCAGGCCCUCAGGGGCGUCACCACCGCGCCCAUCGCGGGGCCGCUCGCACCCCCGGGCGCGCCCGCCGCGCCGCACCUGGCCGACGCGAUCGCCGCGGGCGCGGCGGCCUCGGCCUUCGCGGAGCCUGGCGGCGGGCACGACCUGUUCGCGCCCCUCGAAAGCGCCGGCAGCAGCGGCGGCGGCGGCGGCGGCGGCGGGGCGUACACGCCUUCGCUCGCGGGUUACGCGUCCCCCAUGUACCCGUCUGCCUACCCCCAGCAGCCGGGGCCGAGCUACCCUCAGUGGGGCAGCGGCGGCCCCUGA